AUGGAGGAAACAUUAGUCCUAGUAGUAGGAGCGGGUCCUGCGGGGCUUGGCAUUGCUGCAUGCUUAACCAAAAAAUCUAUUCCCUACAUCGUUCUUGAAAAAGAAGAUUGUUAUGCUUCUCUUUGGAAGAAACGCGCAUAUGAUCGAUGCCAUCUUCAUCUAGCAAAAGAAUUUUGCUCAUUACCCUAUAAGCCCCAUGCACCACAUGCCAAAAAAUAUAUGAGUAAGAAUGAUUUCAUAGAGUACAUUGAUAAUUAUGUUUCCGACUUUGAUAUCAGGCCGCAAUACUUUCACUCUGUUGAAUUUGCAUCGUUUGAUGAAGUCAAGGGAAAGUGGCUAGUUGAAGCUAAGGAUACUUUAAUGAAAGUAACUAAAGUUUUCGUCGCAAGUUUUUUGGUUGUCGCAACAGGUGAAAAUGGAAAGGGUUACAUCCCUAAUAUCCCUGGUUUGAAGGAUUUUAAGGGAGGUAUAAUGCAUUCCAGUGAAUAUAAGAAUGGUCGUGAGUUUCAAGACAAAAAUGUGUUGGUCGUUGGAUGUAGUAAUUCUGGGAUGGAAAUUAGUUAUGAUCUAUGUAAUUCAGGAGCCAACACUUCAAUUGUCAUCAGAAAUCCGGUUCAUGUGGUUACAAGAGAAAUGAUCUUUGUGGGGAUGCACUUGCUGAAGUACUUUAGUUUAUCAAUAGUGGAUGCUCUAGUCACUUUUGCUAGCAGAUUGACGUAUGAGAAUUUGUCAAAGUAUGGAAUUUGUCGACCAAAUGAAGGCCCUUUUUUACUUAAGGCAACAAAGGGGAGAAGCCCAGUUCUUGAUGUGGGAACUAUUGCAGAAAUUCAAUCUAGAAAAAUUAAGGUUUUACCUGGAAUUAAGAGAAUUAACGAGAGCAAAAUCAUAUUUGAAGAUAAAGUUGAAUUAAACUUUGAUGCAAUAAUAUUUGCUACUGGAUAUAAAAGCACGUCUUGUGAAUGGCUUAAGGAUUACGAUUAUAUACUAAAUAAAGAUGGGUUUCCAAAGAAUCGUUUUCCAACUCACUGGAAAGGAAAUACUAAUGUGUAUUGUGCUGGAUUGUCAAGAAUGGGACUGCAAGGAAUUUCAAAGGAUGUCAUAGCUAUUGCCAAUGAUAUUGAGAUGGUUUUAAGGGCUAAGUUGUGCUCCUGAAGAAAUAUUAAAUUUUUGCAUGAAUUUUAGUUGUUGGUGUAAUUUUCAAGAUCACCUUGUUUAUUAAUAAUGCAGUCCUAUACAGUUUUGAUUUUGAUUUUGUAUAGUUAAGCUAAUAAUCUUAUGUACAUAGAUGUGAAAUAAAAUUUUAAAUUUUCAACAGAUUGCCUUUAAGAAUAUUAUUUUUCGUAUUA